AUGAUCUGGGAAUUAUAUGAGUGCCCUUCCAGACAGGCCAUUCUGCGUCUCGAGGAAGUGACGCUCUCUCCUGCUUCUGCUGAGAGGGACUUCCGGUUGUCUGUUGCUAGCGGCCGCUGGCGGCGAAGGCCAAGAUGGAGGCGUCGGCGUCGGGCCCAGGAGAGCGCUGGGCGCCGGUGGGAGCGGUGUCAAGCCCAGGCCGGGGAGGAGGAGCAGGAGGCCGGGGAAGAGGAAGAGGCCGAGCCGGGCUCCCCGCGGGCCUUGCGGGCGGAGCGGCGCCGCCUCCACUCGGCCCUCCUGGCGUUGGCCUCCCAUUUCGCCCAGGUCCAGUUCCGCCUCCGGCAGGUGGCUCGCGCGGGGCCGGCCCAGCAGCAGCGCUUACUCCGGGAGCUGGAGGAGUUCGCCUUCCGAGGCUGCCCGGGCUUCGGGGCCGCCGUGGAAGGAAUCGGGGGCGGCGGAAGCAAGAGCGAGCUCGAGAAGCAAGAACACCUAGAGGCACAGAAGGAGAAGCAGCGGGAACUCAUUCUGCAGCUCAAGGUCCAGUUGGAUGACUUGGAAACAUUUGCCUACCAGGAAGGCAGUUAUGAUGCACUACCUCAGUCUGUGGUCAUGGAGAGGCAGCGGGUGAUUAUUGAGGAGCUGAUCAAGAAGUUGGACAUGAACUUGAGUGAGGACAUUGCCUCGCUGUCACCAGAGGAGCUGCAUCAUCAGGUGGAUGCGGCUGUGGCCCAGAUUGUUAAUCCGGCCCGCGUGAAGGAACAGCUCGUAGAGCAGCUUAAAACCCAGAUCCGGGAUCUUGAAAUGUUUAUCAGUUUUAUCCAAGAAGAAGUCAGCAGUCCAGGCAAACAAGAGAAUGGUCAAUGUGAUUGUUCAUCUGGAAAAGCUGGAAGUAGCACCUGCAAUCCGAAUACCAAGCAACCUCACAGAAGUAACAGAGUGAAUCCUGAAGAUGCUCAGAGGAUGCGGGAGACAGGGCUACAUCUUAUGCGCCGAGUGCUCGCUGUGCUACAGAUCUUUGCUGUGAGCCAAUUUGGCUGUGCAGCUGGACAAAUCCCACAGCAUUUAUGGCAGAAGGACCGUUCUGACAGGGAUUAUGCACCUCUAGUGAACAAGUUAGGGAUGGCUGUAGCCCGCGUGAGGACACUAGCCCAAAAGUAUCAGUUGCAAGAGUCAGAACAUGUCAUCAGCUAUUCAAGUGCCCAGGAUGCCUCCUUGGGAGGACGGGAUGAGCUAACGCUGGCUGUGCGUAAGGAGCUGACCACUGCCUUACGGGAUCUUCUGGCCCAUGGUCUCUACACUCCAUCUCCUGGGAUGAGCUUGGUCCUGGCCCCCAUUGCCUGUUUGCUUCCUGUGCUGAGCUCCUCUCCUCAGGCCAUGCAUCCUUGGGAGCUCUUUGUGAAGUAUUACAACUCUAAGAAUGGCCGUGCCUUUGUGGAAUCACCAGCACGUAAACUCUCACAGUCUUUUGCCCUCCCAGUGAUGGGUGCGGCACCUGCCACCCCAAAGCAGAGCCUGCUCUCAGCAAUCCACACAGUCCUCUCUGAACAUGACCCCUUUAAGCGCAGCGCAGACUCAGAACUGAAGGCUCUGGUGUGCCUGGCGCUCAACGAGCAGCGCCUAGUCUCCUGGCUCAACCUCAUCUGCAAGUCUGGCGCUCUGAUCCAAGCGCACUACCAGCCCUGGAGCUACAUGGCCCAGACAGGCUUUGAGGGGGCCCUCAAUAUUCUCAGCCGCCUCAGUAGCCUGCGGUUCAGCCUUCCUGUGGACCUGGCUGUGCGGCAACUGAAGAACAUCAAAGAUGCCUUUUGAAUUAUGAGGGCGGUGUGAGCUUCACUAGAUCCCUUUUGAGUGGGAAAACACUUAUUUAUCAGCACAGGAGGCCUCUGCUUAUGGGUUCACGUGGGAGGCAGUGCUUCUUUUUUGGUGGUGGCCUCUUGUUGCUGAGCAACUACAUGAAACUGUUAGGGACAGGCAGGGUCUGUCUUGAGACAGUUAUUUUUGUGCUGUGGAAA